AUGCGACUACCGGGUGCCAUUGCGACGAUCGUUGGAUUAGGCUCUCUUGCACCCACCCUAGUGGGAGCGCAGGGUGAGACCAAAAUUCACGAGAAAGGUCGCUGCGCUAUUCGCGGUCAUUGUGGGAAGCAAUCUAUAUUCGGUGGAGAGCUGCCCUGCCCUGAUAAUGACCUGGCGCAGCAACCGGAGGACUCCGUGCGAGAGAAACUGGUGAACCUCUGCGGUAGCAAGUGGAGCGAGGGGCCAGUUUGUUGCCGUGAUGAACAGAUUGACGCGCUCGGGCGAAACCUCAAACUUGCUGAAGGAAUCAUAGCAUCAUGUCCAGCGUGCCGAGACAACUUCUUCAACAUAUUCUGUACAUUCACAUGCUCCCCGGAUCAGUCGCUAUUUGUCAAUGUCACGGAAACAGAAGAACACGGCUCUGGAAAGCGGUUGGUGACUGAGAUUGACAACAUUUGGUCUGAAGAAUAUCAACGCGGGUUCUACGAUAGUUGCAAGAAUGUCAAAAACGGUGCCUCGGGUGGCAAAGCUAUCGAUUUCAUCGGCGGUGGUGCAAAGGAUCACACGGCAUUCAUGAAGUUCUUGGGCGAUAAGAAAUUCCUUGGGAGUCCGUUCCAAAUUAACUACCACACAGAGCCUACCGGCCCCGACCCGCAAGGUAUGGAGGCUUUGCCAAUGAGCCCGAAGGCCUGCAACGACCCCGACAAGAACUUCCGCUGCUCGUGUGUUGAUUGCCCUGACGUCUGCCCUGAGUUACCUGCUAUCUCUCCCCCGAAGGCAUGCCACGUAGGACUUCUGCCGUGCUUGUCUUUCGCUGUCAUAAUUGUGUACUCCGCAUUCUUGCUCUUCGUCAUGGCUCUUGCCAGCUAUGUCACAUACAAGGAGCGCCGGUUUCGCAAACCAGAGCGGGUACGCCUGCUGCAGGAUCCUACACCGAGUGAUGAUGAAGAUGAGGGCGAUAUCGUGCGGCGCGGCGGAUACAUGGAGCAGCCGCAGGGGGCUAUCACAAUAUCGUCCAGCAUCGUUGUCGUGGCUGUAAUGAGCUUAGGAUGGCUUCGCUUUGCUGUUGAAACGGAUCCGGUACGUCUGUGGGUGAGUCCAUCUUCUGCUGCUGCACAGGAGAAGGACUUCUUCGAUCAAAACUUUGGUCCGUUCUUCCGAGCGGAGCAGGCUUUCUUGGUGAAUGAUCGCCCCUCAAACGACACCCGUCCGCUCUUGGAUUAUGAGACCCUUGUUUGGUGGUUCGAGGUCGAGACUCGCGUCAGACGGAUGAUCUCUCUUGACCAGGGCCUCAAUCUAGAAGAUGUUUGCUUCAAGCCAACUGGAGAUGCAUGUGUCGUGCAAUCUCUCACUGGUUACUUCGGGGGCGAUGUUUCGAACCUUGACCCAGAUACAUGGCAGAACCGCUUAACACAGUGCACGGAGUCACCAGGAGAUCUAAGUUGUCUCCCUGAUUUCUCACAGCCUCUGAAGCCUGAGAUGAUCCUCGGUGGCUAUGGGGACACAGGCAAUGUGUUAGAUGCCCAGGCUCUCGUCGUGACUUGGGUGGUGAACAAUCAUGCCCAAGGUUCGAAAGAGGAGAAGAAGGCUAUGGCAUGGGAAGACAGCUUCCAAGGCGUCCUUCAGGACGUUCAAGAAGAAGCUUCCCAACGAGGUCUCCGCGUGUCGUUCAACUCUGAAGUCAGCUUGGAACAAGAACUAAACAAGUCCACAAACACAGACGCAAAGAUCAUUGUUAUCAGCUAUCUGAUCAUGUUCUUAUACGCCUCAAUUGCGCUGGGCUCGGCGACUGUUACGUGGAGAUCUCUACUGACCAACCCGUCCAAUGCGCUUGUUCAGUCCAAAUUCACGCUGGGAAUUGUGGGUAUCGUUAUUGUGCUGAUGUCCGUCUCUGCAUCGGUUGGCUUGUUCUCGGCAGCCGGUGUCAAGGUCACAUUGAUUAUUGCCGAGGUCAUUCCAUUCUUGGUUCUGGCUGUGGGAGUGGACAACAUCUUCCUCAUCGUCCACGAGUUUGAGCGGGUCAACAUCAGCCACCCCGACGAAGAGAUUGAUGAGCGAGUGGCCAGAGCGGUUAGUCGUAUCGGUCCUAGCAUCUUUUUAUCUGCUUUGACAGAGACUGUGGCCUUUUCCCUGGGUGUGUUCGUCGGCAUGCCCGCUGUGAAGAAUUUCGCCGCAUACGCUGCCGGUGCUGUCUUCAUCAACGCCAUUUUACAAGUCACUAUGUUUAUAUCUGUGCUGGCUCUGAACCAGAGACGAGUACAGAGCCUCCGCGCAGACUGUAUCCCCUGUCUCACCGUGCGAAAAGCGAACUCGUUCGGCUUCUCAGAUGGGCGAUAUGAUGAUCAGGAAGUCGAGAGCCCCCUUCAGUACUUUAUUCGCCGGAUCUAUGCCCCCUUCCUCCUGGAUCGUCGGGUCAAGGCAGGCGUUGUCAUUUUCUUUUUGGGUCUUUUGACUGCUGGUCUGGCCUUCAUCCCCGAAGUUCCUCUUGGUUUGGAUCAGCGAAUCGCGCUUCCCAGUGAUUCAUACCUGAUUCCUUACUUCAACGAUCUGGAUGCGUACUUUGGCACAGGUCCCCCAGUAUACUUCGUGACCCGCCAUGUGAAUGUCACCGAGCGAGACCACCAGAAGCAGCUCUGUGGGCGAUUCACCACGUGCGAAGAAUAUUCUCUACCUUUCAUUCUCGAACAAGAGUCAAAACGUCCAGAUGUUUCUUAUCUUACGGGAUCUGCAGCCAGCUGGAUUGAUGACUUCUUCUAUUGGUUGAAUCCUCAGCAAGACUGUUGCCGAGAGAAUGGCAAGAUCUGCUUUGAGGAUCGUGUUCCUGCGUGGAACAUCUCACUUUCUGGGAUGCCAGAAGGAUCUGAAUUUGUUCAUUACAUCAAGAAGUGGAUUGACGCCCCUACUGAUGCCUCAUGUCCUCUUGGCGGAAAGGCACCUUACAGCAAUGCAUUGGUCAUUGAUGAAACCCACAAAACUAUUAAUGCUAGCCACUUCCGUACCAGCCACACGCCUCUUCACAGCCAAGACGAUUUCAUCCAGGCAUAUAUCGCAGCUCGCCGGAUUGCGGAAGACAUCUCACAUGAGCACAACAUCGAUGUCUUCCCGUACUCGAAGUUCUACAUCUUCUUCGAUCAGUACGUCUCAAUUGUUCGACUCACUGGUACACUUCUCGGGUCGGCCGUUGCCAUCAUCUUCCUCUUGACCUCAGUGAUCUUGGGCUCGAUUGCUACCGGCGCUGUUGUCACCACCACUGUUGUCAUGAUCGUGGUUGACAUUAUCGGUGCUAUGGCUGUUGCGGGCGUCUCGCUGAACGCCGUUUCUCUUGUCAACCUGGUGAUUUGCGUAGGUAUUGGUGUUGAGUUCUGCGCCCACAUCGCCCGUGCCUUUAUGUUCCCAGCCCGCCCUAUAAUGGAGAAAGUUCCAGCCAAAUAUCGCGGCAAGGACGCCCGAGCGUGGACCGCAUUGGUCAAUGUCGGUGGCAGUGUGUUCAGUGGCAUCACCGUCACCAAGCUUCUUGGCGUCUGCGUCCUGGCAUUCACUCGCAGCAAGAUCUUUGAGAUUUACUAUUUCCGAGUGUGGCUUGCUUUGGUGAUUUUCGCCGCUAUCCAUGCUCUUAUUUUCUUACCAGUGGCUCUCAGUUACUUCGGUGGAGGUGGCUACUUUGACCCUGCAUCGGAUGGUGGCCUGGAGGCUGACCUUGCUUCGCGUGGCUAUCGUGCCUCUCUGCUCCAUGACGACUACGAGUCUGAUGAUUAUUAG